GUGUUCUUAAGAUUCUGACGACUGCGCUAGCUUACUGGUAGAUUGAAUCGCAGAAUCAGUUUCUAGGGUAGCGCUGUUGUAUCAUCAGUGCUAGCACAGUUCCUGUUUCCGCUUUUUUUCUAACUGGUAUCUCCAUCUCCUGUUUAGUCGCCCUAAAACUGAAGAGGGCACGGAUAUAUAAGAAGGCAACAUAUCAGGCUACUUCUCUCUUGUCACUUGAGGGUGGUGAAUGACAGCCGAAGCUCGGAAGGCGACUGUUGCACAGUCUGGGAUUGAAGCUGUCUACGCAGUAUCCAGUGAACACUAUGAAUCUUUUAUGCCCAGGACAUGAAUGGAAUAAAGUCAGAUGGUGAUUAAACAUUUAAAAGUAAAGCUAAAGGCCAUCCACAAUGGAACUAUCUUACUGAACUGGCUUCUGCUGCAGGCAAGAAAAGAGUUCCCUCUCUUUCUGACAUGGAUGUUAAGUCAGAAGAACAGGCAUUAUGGGGAAGGGUUGCUGUACAUCACGAAUUUCUUCACAGUCUGAAUGUUCUGAUUCUGAGGAAGAUCAGUCCUGUAUUUGUUUGUCCACUUUAAAGAGCGUCAUUGAAACACAAAAUUCCUUGCAAGUCAAAGGCUUAGUUUUCCAGCCCUGGUCAAGUUCUCAUGCAGUUAUGCUCCUGGUACUUCAUGAAUAAAUCCACAGUAAAGCUCCUGAUAUUUUCACAACUACUUCUAAUCAAAGUCCAGCAAGAGUCUCUACUCUUGGCCUCAGAAUCCUUCUCUGUGACAGCACUGUCUUUUGUGAGCCUACCAGAUCUGCAUGCUUCAGGAGAGCCAAAUCAGUUAUGAGGGAAACCAAUACCUUACUUGUAUGACCAGGAGUGUAUGCCUUCUAACAGGCCAGCAUCAGCUGAGUCAAAGUGAAGCACAAAAACACUUGCCCUUAAUUUUGUUGUCUAUAUAACAAGACGGUACCCCCCACAGGGGUUAACAGUACAAAACGGAGAUUAAAAUUUGUUUUAAGCAGCAUGCACUGAAGAAGGAUAUACACAAGAAAGAACUGGUGGUCCAGGUGUACACAAACCUGGGAUUUGCAUUAUGCCUUCCCUUUGUUUGUGAGGAUCUUUAGAGUGAGUCGAACAAUUGAAGAUGCGGCCAUGGACAGGCUCCUGGCGAUGGAUUAUGCUUAUUCUUUUUGCUUGGGGAACAUUAUUAUUUUAUAUUGGUGGGCAUUUGGUAAGAGACAGUGAUCAUCCAGAUCGCUCCAGCAGAGAACUGUCUAAGAUACUCACCAAGCUUGAGCGCUUAAAACAACAGAAUGAGGACCUGAGGCGAAUGGCAGAGUCACUCAGGAUUCCUGAAGGCCCUAUAGAUCAGGGUACAAUAGCUGCUGGGCGAAUCCGUGCUUUAGAAGAACAGCUAAUAAAGGCCAAAGAACAGAUAGAAAAUUGUAGAAAGCAUUCUGAUGGUCCUGGGAAGGAUCAUGAAAUGUUGCAGAGAAAGGUAGCAAAUGGAGUUAGAGAACUUUGGUAUUUUAUCCAAAGCGAAGUUAAGAAGAUAAAGAGCAUGGGAGAAAAGGAUCUGCAAAGGCAUGUUGAUAAAUUACUUGAAGAUUUGGGCCACCAGGAAAGGUCAAUUAUGACAGAUUUGCACUACCUCAGUCAAGCAGAUGGAGUUGGUGAAUGGCAAAAAAAGGAAGCAAAGGCUAUGACAGACCUUGUUCAGAGAAGAAUAACAUACCUCCAGAACCCUAAAGACUGCAGCAAAGCUAAGAAGCUUGUGUGUAAUAUCAACAAGGGCUGUGGCUACGGUUGCCAGCUCCAUCAUGUUGUCUACUGUUUCAUGAUUGCCUAUGGUACCCAGCGAACGCUUAUUCUAGAGUCACAAAACUGGAGAUAUGCUACUGGAGGUUGGGAGACUGUAUUCAAACCAGUGAGUGAUACAUGUACAGACAGAUCGGGCACAUCAACAGGACACUGGUCAGGUGAAGCAAAUGACAAAAAUGUUCAAGUUAUAGAACUUCCUAUUGUGGAUAGCCUGCAUCCUCGUCCCCCUUACCUGCCAUUGGCUAUACCAGAAGAUCUUUCUGAUAGGCUGCUUCGUCUCCAUGGGGAUCCAUCUGUAUGGUGGGUUUCACAGUUUGUUAAAUACCUGAAUCGGCCACAACCUUGGCUUGAAAAAGAGAUUGAAGAAGCAACAAGAAAACUUGGAUUCAAGCAUCCAGUUAUAGGUGUUCAUGUCAGAAGGACAGACAAAGUAGGAACAGAAGCUGCCUUCCACCCAAUUGAAGAGUACAUGGUUCAUGUAGAAGAACACUUCCAGCUUCUUGCCCGCAGAAUGCAUAUUGACAAAAAACGGAUUUAUUUAGCUACUGAUGACCCAACUGUACUUCAGGAAGCAAAGUCUAAAUAUCCAGAUUAUGAAAUUAUCAGCGAUAAUUCCAUAUCCUGGUCAGCAGGCCUUCAUAACCGAUACACUGAAAACUCGUUGCGAGGUGUGAUUCUUGAUAUUCAUUUUUUAUCUCAGACUGACUUCUUGGUUUGCACUUUCUCCUCACAGGUAUGUCGAGUGGCCUAUGAGAUCAUGCAGACACUGCAUCCUGAUGCCUCAACUUAUUUCCAUUCAUUGGAUGAUAUCUACUAUUUUGGUGGACAAAAUGCCCACAAUCAGAUAGCCAUCUACCCACAUGAACCGCAGACUGCUGAUGAAAUUCCUCUCGAGCCAGGGGAUGUAGUUGGCGUAGCCGGAAAUCAUUGGAAUGGUUACUCUAAAGGUAUCAACAGAAAAAUUGGGAAAACGGGGCUAUAUCCAUCUUAUAAAGUGAAGGAAAAGAUUGAGGCUGUAAAAUAUCCAACAUACCCAGAGGCUGGUUAAAACGGAGUGUUCACAGACAUCAGUGUUUGGUAAACGAACCCACCCUUUGAUUUAAUUAAUAUCUCCAGACUUUUAUCAGGAGACUGGUGUCCAGAAAUUGCUGCAUUCCUAGUUGUGAAAUUAUCAUUCACAGGAUAAAACGUAUAAAAGAUUCUUUUAGCAAACUACAGAACUGCAAGCAUCAAUUUUCCAUCUGAAUGUUGAUCUUUGACAGGUACAUUGGAUGGAUUUAUUUAAUUUUUUACCUCUGAUCAUUGAAUGUACCGUCUCACGCAGCCAGUUUUUUUUUUUAAUCAAGUCUUUUAUCUCUCUUUGAGGGUGUAUUCACCAUUCAGUCAGUCAUUCAUUGUGAAGAAAUGUCCAUGAUUAAUUUACUAGAUGCUUCAGAUCUUAACACUGCCAUGUUGUGCAAUUACAAGCAAUUAACAUUAUGAUAAGAACAUCUUCUAUAUGUGCUUAUUUUUAACUUGGUGCCUAAAUUUAAAAUCAUUUUUGUCACAAAGCCAUGCCCGACAGCACUGCUGAGCAGGAUUUCAGCAUUUGACUGCUGAACUUUGGCAAGCAUUACAUUUGAUUCAUUCCUUCCCAACAGACAUGAGGAAGAAGAAGAAAAAAAAAUGGUCCAUGAUCUUUAAAAUAUUUUUUGUAAACUCGCUGAAAAUUGCACCUGGUGAGUGAACUGAGACAUAUUUAAACUAUUCAGUAAGUUAAGAUUUUGUAAAACAGUGUCAUGACAACUGAACCUUUAAUACAUGUUUCUGGACAAUUUAUUUGAUAACAAAAUAAAUCUUAAGAGUCACAGUG